CCUCGGUUAUUGCCGGGAGACUGGGGUAGUUCAUUUAGUUGAUUUUCUCCAGCUCUUUGGUAGUAAUCUUCAAAACUUUACAAUCCAAAACAUAACUAUCAAGAUGUUCUCCUAUCGUCAUAAUCAAACAGUAGUGGACAAAGUCCCUUCGGAUAUGUUGGAUAUGGUAGACCCACAUUGGUAUCAAUUUCCUCCUAUGAAUCCACUAUGGCAUGGACUUCUAGGCUUCACAAUUGGCGUUUUAGGAUUUAUUUCAAUCGUCGGUAAUGGAAUGGUGAUUUACAUAUUUACAGCUACUAAGAACCUUAAGACGCCUUCUAAUUUGCUGGUCGUUAAUCUUGCAUUCUCCGACUUUCUGAUGAUGUGUGCGAUGGCUCCUGCCAUGGUUAUUAACUGCUAUAACGAAACAUGGGUCUUUGGUCCCUUAGCUUGUCAACUGUACGGUUGUGCGGGAUCACUAUUCGGUUGCGUGUCCAUAUGGACUAUGACGAUGAUAGCAUUUGACAGAUACAAUGUUAUCGUAAAAGGUAUCGCGGCUAAACCCUUGACGAAAAACGGAGCUCUUUCAAGGAUACUUGCAGUUUGGGUUGCUGCUUUAGUAUGGACUCUUGCGCCUUUCUUUGGAUGGAAUAGGUAUGUGCCAGAGGGGAACAUGACAGCGUGUGGAACUGAUUAUCUAACUAAAAAUUGGAACAGCCGUAGUUACAUCCUCGUCUACUCGGUCUUUGUCUACUUCGCGCCACUUCUACUAAUCAUUUACUCCUACUUCUUUAUUGUUAAGGCAGUCGCUGCUCAUGAAAAGACAAUGCGAGAGCAAGCCAAAAAGAUGAAUGUUGUCUCUCUUCGAUCUUCAGAAGCGGCUAAUACAAGCACGGAAUGUAAAUUGGCGAAAGUUGCACUAAUGACCAUUUCUUUAUGGUUCAUGGCAUGGACACCAUACCUGAUCAUCAACUACACGGGCAUCUUUGAGAGCGCACCGAUCACCCCACUUGCCACAAUCUGGGGCUCUCUCUUCGCCAAAGCCAAUGCUGUCUACAACCCUAUUGUAUACGGUAUCAGUCAUCCAAGGUAUCGUGCUGCGUUAUACAAGAAAUUCCCUUCAUUGUCGUGUGAGCCAACUUCCGAUGAAACAGAAUCAGUAGCUUCAUCUACGACAGCAGUAACUGAUAAAAAACCUUCCGCGUAAACUCAUUUGUUUAUUUAUCUAUCUUCUGUAUAUAGUACUAUAGACUACUCCAUAGUGUUUACGAUCACUGACGAUGAUGGAUUUGUAAUUUGGACCACUGAUAUUUUUGACUAAA